CAUGCAAGACUACCUAGUUACCUCCACCCAUGUCCUCGUUCCAAAUGCACAAGUCCGCUUGAGAGAAGCGAGCUUCGACAUGGCACUCUUAGCCCUCUCGUGCUAGCAUCCCACAAUCGCCAUAACUUGUAGGAGUGUCAUUGGGUGAGAGCGGAUGAUUAAUCCGUCCUAAACCUGGGGGUCCAAUUGUUUCAUCAUAAGAGCGUCAUAACUCUUGACGUAGGCUUCAUCCACUAAUAUGACGGGCUUCACUGCAUUCGAAGUGAAAAGUGAGGACAAGAAGGUACUACUUCCUUUUGACCUUAUCCCUUGAUUAUCUAGACAUCUUUCCAUCAAUGCCAACCAAAGUGCCCAUUCGAACCCUCAAGCCAUCACAACCCUCUCGUCGCCUACCUGUCACGAUAUCAGCACCACUUCUUCUUCAUCGACCAAGUCUUCCUUCCAUCACGGCCGCUCAACCUCGUCUCCUCGGUCUCAAGAACCACUUCAGUACCAUCCCCUCCACCAUGGCUUCAAACAACAACGCAGACUUCAAGCUCGACAGGCUCUUCGAUGUCAAAGGCAAAGUCGCCCUCAUCACCGGUGGUGGCUCCGGCAUCGGUCUAAUGGCUACCCAAGCGCUUGCCGUCAACGGUGCAAAAGUGUACAUCGUUGGCCGUACCGAGGAGAAACUCGAACGCGUGGCCGAAGUGUACGGCAAGGACAUCGCCGGUGAAAUCAUCCCCGUAGCUGCCGACAUCUCCAAGAAGGACGAAAUCAAGAAACUAGUCGAGUACAUCAAGUCCCGCGAACAGUGCCUUUGCAUCCUAUUCAACAACGCCGGCAUCUCAAUCAACACGCAGCAAACUGAGGCAAAAUCUGCCGAGGAGAUGUCUGCCAACCUCUUCGACGACGAGAACGAGACUUUUGAGAUGUGGACCGACACGUACAGAACCAACGUGCCUCAACUGUACUUCAUGACCACUGCCUUCCUCCCACUCCUCCAAGCCGCGCACAAGCACAACGACAACUUCUCGGGCACGGUCAUCAACAACAGCUCUAUCAGCGGCAUCGUCAAGACCUCGCAGCACCAUUUCGCGUACAACGCUUCCAAGGCCGCUGCCAUCCAUCUGACGAGUAUGCUCGCCAACGAAAUCACCCAGAAUGGCCUCAGGAUCCGUGUCAACAGUGUCGCACCCGGCGUGUUCCCCAGCGAAAUGACUGCGUCCGAGAGCGACGACAAGCAAAAGUCCCAUAUCCCCCGUGAGAAGUAUGCCGAGAAAGUGCCAGCAUCACGACCUGGUGAGGAGAGAGACAUGGCGAAUGCCAUCUUGUUUUUGGCGACGAACCAAUACCUAAACGGCCAAACCGUGGCGGUAGACGGUGGUUACAUUCUCAGCGCGGGUAGCGGGCCAUGAGUCUGCAUUUUAGAACGACGACGAGGUCAAUCAGUAGGGCUCGAAUAGGAGAAAUGAAGUCUGAUGUAACGAUACUCAUGCACGACUAAAAGAGGCACAUGUAGCCAGAGAAUGCUUCACAAAUGAAAAGUGAAUGAACAGCCAAAUCGUUUCACCUUCGUUUCCAAACCAGAACUUCU